ACUGGCCGCAAAACAUAAGCACUACCUAGAUAAAGCAAUAACUUCAAGAUGGAAAUUCAAAUCAGCUAGUCAGUCAAUACUCUUCUCUUCAAAAAUGGAAUCCCUUCAAAAUGCCAACCUGCGCAUCCGCCGCCCCUUCACCCACGAUUCCGAUUCGGACUCGGAUUCCCUCCCCGCCGCUCUCGACGAGCAAGAGCAAGAAGCCCUAAUACAAUCUCUCGCGCGCCAAAACGACGCUCGAAACGCGCAAUUCAGACUCUUCCUACUAGUCCUGCCCAUCGUGUCCGCGAUCCCAUAUAUCGUCGCCUUACCACAAUCCUACCGAGUCGGAAGCGCAGGUACAGGCGCUCGCAUCCGUUCCCUUCUUAGCCUAACGAGUCUCGCGGCCACGGCAUGGAUGCUGUGGGCUCUGCCGCCGGGCGUGACGGGCAUACGCGGGAUAGACCAGUGGGUUAGUCGAGGAAGCGAGGGUGCUUCAAAGCGCAGAAAGCAGUUUGGCACGGAUAAUACAUCCGCCUCCUUCUGGGCUGAAGGCCGCCGCGACUCCCCGCUAACGACAUACCUCCCGUAUCUUAACAUAACGCUUUGCGUGGUUCUAGUCCUCGCUGGGCUCGUAUCGAAACCGGGAGCUUCUGCCAGGGAACAACCGCAGCAAUGGGGCCACGUUGGGCUGAGUAAUUUGCCCGCCGUCGUGUACGCCGUCGUCAUAGCAGCUAAGAUAGUUAUGGGCGGCGUGGACCCCGAGAGGGAUCUAAGUGCGUUACGGUAUGAAUACAAGGGAGCUUAAUACGUGUGAAUAUAUCACAGAACCAUUGCAACGUAUGAAAUAUCGAGGUAUCAUUGCAUUAAAUCCCAAGAGCACUAUCAUAAGGCAAAUGAUCUUUUGUUUGGAAGUCUUGCACAAGUCAUCGAAGCUAGUGCUAAGCACACAAGUUUCCAGCAUAAAGCCGAGCUCUGCAGCCCAUCCUUAUAUAUAUAUAUAUAUCUUUUUAUAAAAGAAAAGAAUAAAAAAAUAAAAAAAAUAAAAAAAAACCUCCCAAAGGGGACGAAGGAAUAGCCCCACGACCACCAACAUGUAAUUCCAACCAUAGUUUUUGUCUAUACAUCUAUAGACUCAUUGAAUCUCAAGACCCCAUUACCCUUCAAUAUGCCGUCAACUCCCUUAGGAACGGGCAAGGCAUCGGUAGGCAUAUGCGACUCCGUCGCCUGCUCGGCCGAUUUGUCUACUACCAACGCUAACCCAUGCGAUUUUAUCGCAUCCACGAGCGCAGGGACCAUGUUCUAGUAUUA